CGCACGGCGUCGUCGUUGGUUCCGUUGUUCUAUUUUCCAAUGUGAUAAAACGCUUUAAGCAGUAAAGUUAAUUUCCACAAGUUUAACCUUCAUCCCAAAAUGUCGUCGUCGAGCGAUGCGCUGUCGAUUUUCAACGACCAAACUAGCCCGGAGAAGAAACGGUACGAUUUUAGCUUUUCCCUGCCUUCCCCGGUGCAACCGGUCCAACCGAUGGACGUGGACACAUCCGGACCUAUUCGACUGUCGCCCCCCACAACUACCACGGGAAACCGUCCCAGCGAGAAGAAGCAGAAACUAAAUAGUGGCAAGGCGAAGGCUAAAAUCCGGAAACUGAUGAGCCAGGAUGAUGACGAUGUUGAUGGUGCUGCGUCGGUGGGAACCGGAGGAUUUCUAAAAAAGUUGGUUGGAGUAAGGAUGUUGGUUGCAUACUCGUUGGUGCUGUUGGUGGCAGUGCUGGCGGGGAUUGUCAGUAAGGAAGACUUGAGGGAAGAUUUCUAUCGAAGGUACCGGAAGCAGUACCAUUUGCUGCUGUAUGGAGUGGAGGAUUACUGCAGUCAGGAGUUUGACUUUUCCCCGGUUGCUGCUGCAUUGGAUGCCGGUGUGGUCGGGCAGUGGACUGCGGUGGAGAGAAUCGUUGAUAUUUUCAAUCGACGUCAGGAGGAACGCUUCACGUCCAUCGCUUUGCUCGGAUCUACCGGGGUGGGUAAAAGUCUGAUGGCUAGUAUUGUAGCGCAGAAUUUUCAGUGGCUUUCGAACGUGCACCAGUUCCUGUGGGAAGCAUUGGCGACACCGGAACGGCAAUACGAUCGGUUUCAGUCGUUUCUGUACGGGAUCCGACAUGGACGGGAGGUGGAUUUGAGCUGCGGUCGUAAUUUGAUCGUCGUGGAUCACUUGGGCAGUGACGAUGUGGAGUUGAUUAACAAAAUAGAUACCAGGUUGCGAUUCGUGGCGAAUAACGACGACGUUCGGAUGACGGUUCUGUACGUGUUUCAGGGAGCUUCGUUGAAGGACGAUCGGAGGGUGGGACAGUUGAAUGGGCCCAUUGAGAGGGUUGUUCUGAGGCAGCUAAAUGGGGAAGAUCUGAUGCAGUGUAUUCGACAGGAAGCGGCCGAAUUCGGGGUGGAAUUGAGUGAACAUCCCGGCCUGAUGGAGGAACUGUUGACCAAUAUGGAUGUGGCAAAAUACGGCUGUAAAGCCGUGCGGGCUAAGGUUGCGUUCUAUUCGCAGCACUCGAAGCAGAACGCGUUAUGAUUAUUGUGUAGUUGACCAUGGAAAAAAAUGUUGCAAGCGCUGUGAUUUACUCUUAUUAAUAGAAAUGCAAAUCUCUUCAAUAACGUUUAAUGAAAAUAAAUAACUAAACUAAUGAACCUAACUACAAA